UUCAGAGAGUAAGUAAAGUAAAAGAACCUCGCAACAUCAAGACCAAAAAAUGGCUUCUCCGGCGAGUUUGAUGUCUCGCAGCACCCGCAGCAGCGGGAUGUACGUGGAUAUCGACCGAAAAGCGGUCAACCCGCCCCGGUUCCGCCCGGACCGCAAGGAGCAGAAGCCCGGCCCCGGGUCGCACGAUCCAAAAUUGGAGAUCACCCGGUCCAACAAGUUCACGACGUCGGUCUUCGCGCACGACGACCGCACCCGCUAUCUGGGCCGCGCGGGGAUGAAGCCGCUCUCCGUGGUGAAGCGGCCGGAAUCUUCCGCGAAUGUUUCCACAACGGAUAACAGCGAAACUGAGGUAACUAUCCUGUGCAAAAGUAUCGUACUCGUACUAGUAGUCGGAGGCAUGCAUGGAAAAUCUCACCUUCUACCUGUUCUAGCAUGACAAAUCCCAAUUCUCAACGUUGGAGAAUUUGUCAUGCGGUUUCUACAACUAGAACUAGAUGAACUACAACUAGCGCGAUGCUUUUGCAAUGCAUAGUGUCGACGCCAAGUGUGAGCAACCUGAACGACCCCGAUUUUGGCGAAUGUCCCCUAUCAAACGCAAAAAUGUCUGGGUCUGGAAACUUCUGAUGCUAAAAUGUGGAUGAUGGAAGCAGUUCCGAGUGCAGCCCAGCAUGACAACCUUCCAGAACGCUUUUUCAUAGGCAGUCCGCAUGAGAAAGUGCGUUUACAUGACAAAAGAGGUUAUUGCUUCUGUUGGUUAUGCAAUACAGAUUUUCUAGGCCUGGAAAGCUAGCAUCACAAGUUGCAUCCUUCCAGACCCAGACAUAUUUGCAAUGCAUGUCCCCCACCCGGGACGUACUCCCCCAGAACGCAGAUGUUUGGAAAGCAAUCGUUGGCGAACGAAUUUGUGUUCGGGAAAAACGCGAUCGGCGGGCAGUUCCGCGGCGUCCCGCGGAACGUGUUGGGGAUCACGAGCAGCAAAUCCGCGCAGCAAUUAACCGGGUUGAAAGCGUUGUCGGAAUCUCUCAUGUAUGAAUUGCAAAGGUAUCGCACUCGUACUAAUUGCAGAUAUGCAUCCCAAAAUCUCCUCCCGAAGCUGAAACAGCACGAGAAAUUCCAUUUGUCGCGCUCAGGAAGUUUGUGAUGCAAUCUAUACUAGUACGAUGCUUUUGCAUUGUAUAUCAUGAAGUCCAUCACGGACCACCAGCAGCGGUCGCCGCCGAAGGGCGUGGGGAACGGAGUUGCGGCUGGAAGUACCACUAGUCCAGAACAACGUGCAGCCAGUUCCCAAGCAGGACAGCGUCCGGACAGCGUGGAUUACGCGCAGUCCCCGCGGUACUCAACUUCCGCGAGCGAGGGACUUGCGACGGGAGAAGCAGCAGCAGCGGGGGAGAAACGUAAAACUGGCAACCUGGACGCGACCACGGGCCAUCCCGAAACGCGCGCCACCAGUCCGGAACGCAAGACGGGGACGUCGCUGCGCGCGGUAACCCCGGGAACCUCGCACGGCAGGGGGGACCGCGCCGUCACCCCCUCCACCGCGAUGCAGGAGAAGUUCUCGGGGGUGUGCAAAGUACCGGGGGAUCGGCUCAAAGCGGCGUCACUGUCGCCGCGGAUAUUGCGGAAGGAGGCGGAAGUGGCACAGCUGGCGGCGAUGCGGGUACUUACUAUGAUCUGUGGGUUGAAGUGAUCAUCAUCAUGUUCAUGUUGUUGCGCUACGUAAGCAAUACCUCGUAUAGAGGAUCACAAAGAAAGGAAUCCGAAUGUUCUUCGUUAGUACAAGUUGAAGUUUUCAUUUUCAUGUCAACAUCAAAUCCACCAGACCAUCACCCCGCCCCGCAAACCUCGCGAGCGGGAUCCCGGUCCGCUGGAGUUCGUCCGCUCGCUGCCCUGGAACGAGCAGUGCGAGUGGUUUGACGUGGAAAUCAGAAAGGGCCCGUUGAACCUGGAGCUGCACCGAUAUCUGGUGCACCUGCAGAGCAACCCGACCUUCAAAUCGCACCGUGCCGUGGCGGAGAAGGAGCAAAUGCACCGGGUGAUGGACCGAAAAGCGGGGAAGAAGACACCGCAGGUGGACAUGCUCGGCUGUUACCAGCACCACUGGCCCAAGUUCCAACCGGAAAGAAGCUGAAUAGUGAUAGAUAGGUUGGUAAAAGUAGAAAAAGUGAUUACUUAUCUCUGAACGAAGAAAACCUUGCUUCGUUCAGUUUAUUCCGGCGAAAGCACAGAUUUCUGUAGUAGACGCUUUGACAGAGUAGAGCACCAGAAGUAGAACUUCCUUUAUGCCUGUUUAUUUCCUACCUUUGCUACACCUUUCGGCCUCCUGGCAAUUGCGAGUCACAUCUAUACUAGAGAAUUUAGAAUCUUUCUGGUGAAGAGCUUCAAUAGUACAAGGAAGCUCCUCCUCAACCGACGAGAUCUCGAUUUGGUACAAAAGUUUGGAAUUUUCGGCUGUGCGUUGUGUGCGCAGUUUGAAAGAAAUGGGAAAUUAGUGCCGGCGGCGCCGACGGUGAUGCAGCAAGCGAAUGCGGAGCAUGAG